UAGGUUUAUAUGUGCCGGGGUCAGCUGACACUCUGCAUUGCAGACAGCCGAGUCUAGCGGCGCCAUGUAUGCUCUCGUUCUCCUGGCUGGCCUCCUGGGCACUGCUCUUGCCAGCCCUAUCCCAGACCUGACAACAUGCUCUGGGGGCUCAGCAGUGCUAUGCCAGAACUUGAAGACUGCGGUGGACUGUGGGGCUGUGAAGCACUGCCAGCAGAUGGUCUGGAGCAAGCCCACUGUGAAUUCUCUUCCAUGCAACAUAUGCAUUCAGGUUAUCACUGCAGCCGACAAUAUGCUGAAAGAAAAUAACACUGAGGAGGAGAUCCUUGGUUACCUGGAGAAGAUGUGUGACUGGCUUCCUAACCCCAACUUCUCAUCUAAAUGCAAAGAGACCGUUGAGUCUUACCUCCCUGUCAUCUUGGAUCUGAUUAAACAGGAAAUAGUAAGAGGGGACGGGGCAAACAGGCUCUUCUUCUCAGUGCCUCCAGCCCAAAGCAGGAUAAUUGAAAUGAAAAGUGUGUUCAUGGUGGAUAACUCAUGUCAGGUCUUUAACAGAUGCUUUGAGCACGAUAGAAAAUGCUUCUGCUGCAUGAGCAAACUGGAUGCAGACAGCCUGCAGAUUAUGGCUGCUGAUCCAGAGAACUGGAAACAGUCUCUUGAUUGUAGCUUCCGCUCUCUGGGAGGCAGUAGGUGCAGGCUGUGUCUGAUGGUUCUGUGCUCUUUUCAGCAACCCAAGGAGAUUUGUGUACUGGUUGGCUUCUGUGAUGAGGUCAAGGCAGUGCCCAUGCAGACAUUGAUCCCUGCCAAAGUGGCUGCUGAGAGUGUCCUUCCUGCCCUGGAACUGGUGGAGACUGUUGAGGAGGAGCUGAUCCAGGCCCAGGCUGGUGUAUUCUGCAAGGCUUGUGAAUUUGUGGUGAAGCAGAUGGACAAGUUGAUUGAGAACAACAUCACUGAGGAGGAAGUCUUCAAAAGCUUGAAUGUUACGUGCUCCCUAUUGCCUGCUACUGUGUCCAGUGUGUGCCAUGAGAUGGUGGAUGUGUAUGGUCCCUCUGUCUGGUCAAUCCUGGAACAUGAGAUAAGCCCGGAGUUGGUGUGCCAGGAACUCAACCUCUGUUCCUCUGACAAGGAGCGGAUGGGAAAGAUUGGUCGACUAGGGCUGCCCCAGCCACCUAAGCUGCCCAAACUGUCUGCAUCACCUGCACGUGUGACUCAACUAAAGAAAGGGGGCUUCUGUGAGGUGUGCAAGAAGCUGAUCAGCUAUUUGGAGCACAACCUAGAGAAAAACAGCACCAAGGAGGAAAUCCUGGCUGCACUAGAGAAGGGCUGCAGCUUUCUGCCAGACCCCUACAAGAACCAGUGUGAUGAGUUCGUGACCGAGUAUGAGCCUGUGCUGGUGGAGAUCCUUGUGGAGGUCAUGGAUCCUUCCUUCGUGUGUACAAAAAUCGGAGCCUGCUCUUCUGCUCGUAAGCUUCUUUUGGGAACUGAGAAAUGUGUCUGGGGUCCUGGCUACUGGUGCCAGAACAUGGAGACGGCGGCCCAGUGCAAUGCUGUGGACCAUUGCAAACGCCACGUGUGGAAUUAAAAUUUCCAUCUCACAGAAACUGUAACCUUUUCUACUUGUGUAUGUGGGGUAGUGAACGCACAAAUAUCCAUUUGACUUUACCAAAAAAAAAAAAAGUCCUUACACCCUUCCCCCCAAUAGCAUUGCUGUCUUGUGGGAAGUGCUGGCAGCCCACAAACAGCUGCUUCAGUGUUCCCUGUCUGCCAGAGGAUGAGGUACUGGGCCCCAAGGUCUCUAGCUGCCCUUGCAUGCACCUGCUGGGAGCAGGGAGGGCAUUUCCAGUGCUGGUGAGAGCCGGAAGAGCAGGCAGUCUUUAAGACAGUGUCAUUCAUCCCCCACUGUAUUUUGGAAGCACCCUUGAGUCUGCUUUUUCCUGUCCAUGCCUUGUUUGGGGUUCUGUGGGAAGUGUACCUGUGUACCGAAUGUACUCUGGCUCUCAUGUGGGAUCCCUGGUGGCUGCUGCCCGCGUGCCUGUCUGGAUGCUGCUGUCCUGCUUCAGUUUUUUUGGCCCUUUUCAAGUCAGUGUGGCCAACAAGCAGAGGGUUUACCGCAGUGUGCAGAGUGGUACUGUCUGGGGCUUUUUGCCUGCCACCACUGAUUACCAGGAGACUGCAAGCUGAGCCACCAAGAUGGCCAUUUGCUGUUAUGUAGACUUAGUGAUUUUCAUUUGUCUUGCACUACUAAAGUUUCUGUGAUUUAACAAUAAAGUUCUGUUAACAGA